CUGCAUAUGGAGUAGUUGAGUUGCUGGAGCUAGCUGAAGAAAUAAAAAAAGUUCAAUUAAAUUUUUAACUGGCACGAAUUUGGAUUCAUGUGAGCUACGAAAGGAAAGUAACAAGCAAGCUACCAUGACUGUAGUAAUUGGGUUUGAGGGCAGUGCCAAUAAGAUUGGCAUAGGAAUAAUCAGGGAUGGUGAGGUGCUGUCCAACCCAAGACGGACCUACAUCACCCCUCCUGGUCAAGGCUUCCUGCCUAGUGACACAGCCAGACACCACCGUGCCAUCAUACUGACUGUCCUGAAGGAGGCUCUGGAGCAAGCAGGGCUGAAGCCUGCAGACAUCGACUGCGUGGCAUACACCAAAGGUCCUGGAAUGGGUGCGCCUUUGGUAACAGUGGCCCUUGUAGCUCGUACGGUCGCUCAGCUUUGGGGGAAGCCACUCCUUGGUGUCAACCACUGUAUUGGACACAUCGAGAUGGGCCGACUCAUCACCAAAGCCAACAACCCCACCGUGCUUUAUGUUAGCGGAGGGAACACACAGGUUAUUGCGUACUCUGAGCGGCGGUAUAGAAUAUUUGGGGAGACCAUCGACAUCGCAGUAGGCAACUGUCUAGACAGGUUCGCCAGGGUUAUUAAGAUUUCCAAUGAUCCCAGUCCAGGCUACAACAUAGAGCAGAUGGCCAAGAAGGGGAGUCAGUAUGUGGAGCUGCCUUAUACAGUAAAAGGAAUGGAUGUGUCAUUUUCUGGGAUUUUAUCCUACAUUGAGGAAGCUGCUAAUAAGAUGCUGAGCUCUGGUCAGUGUACAGCAGAGGACCUGUGUUUCUCACUGCAGGAGACUGUGUUCUCCAUGCUGGUUGAGAUCACAGAGAGGGCCAUGGCUCACUGCGGCUCCCAAGAGGUCCUCAUCGUCGGGGGAGUUGGCUGCAAUCUGCGUCUGCAGGAGAUGAUGGGGGUGAUGUGUAAGGAGAGAGGAGCAAAACUGUUCGCCACAGAUGAACGAUUCUGCAUAGACAACGGAGCGAUGAUUGCUCAAGCCGGCUGGGAGAUGUUUAGGUCCGGUCAGGUGACCGAGCUGGAGGACUCAUGGAUAACACAAAGGUACAGAACAGAUGAAGUGGAGGUGACAUGGAGAAACUGAUGGACUGAGCUUAAAGGUUUCCGUGCAGCAGUCCUUUUCUGCCGGUGGAGAAAUUUCUAUUAAGAGCACAUUUUGUCACUCCUGUGCAUCAGUCUUAAACAGCAGAAACAAAGUCGAAUGAGGUCAGAUUAUGCAAAGUUACGACACUUUCUUUGCCAUUUUUUAAAAGAUGUCUGUACUACAAUAAAUGUAUGAUUUGGAGUUAGCUUUAUAUCAUGAGCUUGUAUUUGCUGAGGAGGGAAACGUUGACAGAUGUGAGGUUUUAUUUUUACUUUUUGUCAUGCACUUACUCUGAAUUUAUGUUCAAAUAAAAUAAGAGACUAAAAUGGGAA